UGUUGGACGAACGUGACAAAAUAUUCAGAUUCCGCGCUACGCGCCACGCGCUGAUUUAACUGAAUUUGACGUGUCUACUGUAUGCAUCGAUUGAUAUAAAUUCGCGCUGAUCUAGGAACACAAAAUAUAAGCUGUAACAAAAAAUAACUGCUGAAUAAUUUUCGCGCAUAUAUGACUCCGAGACUCGACUGUACCUGAAAAAUUGUCAGAAAAGCAAUGUUUAGCACAGCAAGAAGUUGUUUCAAACAAGCCGCAAGAACUAGAAAGUUACAUUUAGACAAUCAAAAAUCCAUUCCUAGGAAGCCUGAACCUGAACUCAAAACCUUACCAAUUUUCCAAUACCCUACAAGUCAAAAGGAUGAUCACAGGGUAUACGUAUGGGGGCUUGCAUCGCACGGUGCUCUUGGAGAACCGAAAGUAUUAAAAAAAGAUAUCUUGUGUCUCGCAAAGCCGAAAAGGUUAUCUUUUGCCGAACAGCAUAAAGUGGUAGACAUUGCUUGUGGCUACGGUUUUACAGCGUACGCUGUAAAUUCUCCGGAUCACAACGUUGUCUAUGGGACUGGAAUAAACACAGACUCACAACUUGGCUACAAUGUAAUUGAUAAAAAAUUUCCUGACAAUCUGGUGCUUACUCCGAGACCAAUAAAUUUACCGCUGCAAAAUACUUUGACAAAAGUCACAGACAUGGCUGCUGGAAGAGCACAUUUAUUAAUAUUAACAACAGAGGGUUUAUUUACAUUAGGUAAUAACGCAUAUGGCCAGUGCGGUAGACCAAUUAUAUUGAAUGAAAAUUAUGAGAAGAGCAUGGCUGUUCAUCAUAUACCCGACGUUAAAGGAAACAAAAUUAUUGCAGUGACAGCUGGUCAAGAUCAUAGCAUACUCUUAACAGAGACAGGUGAAGUCUAUACAUUUGGCUGGGGUGCUGAUGGACAAACAGGCCUUGCACAUUAUCGAAAUGAACAUCGGCCAAGCUUGGUCAAAGGUGAUCUGGCAGGGCAGCAUAUAACCAAAGUUGCCUGUGUCGCUGAUUGCGUAUUAGCUCUUAGUGAUAAAGGAAAAGUUUAUGGUUGGGGUAAUUCAGAAUAUGGACAGCUACCAGCCAAAGACGACAAUUAUCAAGUGAAUAUUGCUACAGAAUUAAACAUGGAUCAAAAAAUGGGACAUAUUACAGACAUUGCAGCGGGUGGAUGCUUUUGCAUGGUCUUAAACAAUGCUGGUGAUGUCUAUGUGUGGGGAUAUGGCAUACUCGGUCUUGGACCUGAAGUGCGGAAAGUAUCAAAACCAACCAUGAUUCCUCCUACAUUGUUUGGCCGCAAUGUGUAUAAUCGUGAUAUCAAGGUAACAAAGAUAUAUUGUGGGAUUAGUCAACUAGCAGCACUAACCAACCAAGGAGAUUUGUAUAUGUGGGGUGGCAAUAAAUUUGGAUCCUUAGGAUUAGGACACAAAGAAAAUCAAUUUUUUCCUUUGAGGGUUGCAGUAGGAGCUCAAGUGAAAAAGAUUGCAUGUGGAGUGGAUCAUACAGUGACUCUCUGUAAACCUUUUAUUUAAAGAUACAACACCUGUU